AUAAGUGCUUCACGAGACAUCAGUCGAGCAAGAGUGCUCUGCAGCAGAUGUGGAAGAACCCGUUACCCACAUAACAACCAAGACAGCAUACAUGCACAACUGAAUUAAUGAUUCCUUUCAUGCACGACAGAGGGAAAUAGGGACACAGUAUCAUUGACUUUUUCCUUCUUCAGAAUAGAUUCGGAUCAGUGGGUGCUGCUCGUCCGCAAAAAUGAUAACAAGAGGAUGCUAUAUUUUGACACUAUUGGUGAGCAACGUGCUUUCACUCCCAGUACCUUCAGAUCAAGCGGAGAAAGAUGACAUUAAGGUGAUGAAAUGCAUUGUGGAGGUGAUCGCUGACACCCUGUCCAAGCCCUAUCCUGUUGCCAUCAGCCAGGAGUGCCAGGAUGCUCUCACAGGAGAUGAACGGAUUGUCUCAAUCCUGCGCCACCAAAAUCUCCUCAAAGAGCUGCAGGAGAUUGCAGCCCAAGGCAUCAGUGAGAGAGCCCACCAGCCACCACAGAAGAAGAGUGAAGAGGUGGCCGAUCAGGUGGCCGACCUUGGGGGUCAUCCAGGCGUGGAGGACACAGCAGACGGGCCCAUGCUGAGAGAGGGGGCUGCAGAGAGGAGGGACACUGCGGAGGAGGACAACGAGGUGGAGGAGGAGAGUCAGGAGAAGGAUGGGGAGUCACGGGAGAGUAACGAGAUUGGGGGCGCCAGCAAACGGGGGAAGAAGGAGAGUGAGGAGGAAGAGAAAGAGAACCAUGGGAAUCACAUUGCUGACUCCCUGAGCCAAGAUGACGAAGAAGAGAAGAAGGCUUCACCAGAGGAGGAGGAGGAAGAGGAGGAGAAGAGUUCCAUCUCCAGGGAAGAUGAGGGAAAGCAGAAUGAGGGGAAUGAAACAGAAGAGGACAGCGCACAAGCAAAAGAGAAGACGAGUGGCGAGAGUGAGCCAGUGACGGGCUCUCCGGACGUCGAGUCAGAGGAGAAGGAGAGUGAGGAAAAAGAGGAGGACAUAGAGAGGGAGCCCGAGGAGAAGAGGGCCUUCGAAGGAGCAGAGGUGCAGAAAGAAGGUGAGGAGGAAGAGGAGGAGGACAAGGAGCCGUGGAGCAACACGGACGAGAUGUUGCCCCAGAAAUCGACCGCAGGACCCGGCUCAGACGAAGAGGAACGGUCAGUGGAGGCAGGACACCAGAGCUCCCAGAUACUGCAGGAUACUCCCCAGCAUUCCCGGGAGGACAGCGGGGAGGGGGAGCGCAGGAGCCCAGAGGUACAGGAGCUGCACAUGAUGGCCCGCGAAGAGAUGGAGGACAAGCGGGAGGAGGAGGGCAGUGCCAUCCGAAGGGUCGAGGACGGUGAGAUCGAGCGUCUGGCCGCGAUCGAGUCAGAGCUGGAGAGUGUGGCCCAGAGGCUCCAUGAGCUAAGGAGAGGCUGAGCGCACAGGCUGCUCUCCCUCCUCCCUGUUUUUACAGAUGUGUGUGAACAGCAGACAUCUGAGUCUGACCCUUUUGGAGAUCUCUGUGAAAGGGAAGCUGAUUUCUGGUUCUGUCCUGAGCCAUCUGCUGGCCCUCUGCACCUUUAUCCCUUCUAAAAUCAAAGAACUUUUCCUCCAAUCUCUUUUGCCACUAGGCCUCCUUGCCCUCUCUCUGACAGCACUAUAGGGAAAUAUCUCGCCUGCUUCUCUAAUGAUUUUGCACUGUGCAAACCCAUAUGGAGCAUAAUGACAAUGACAGUAAUACUGAUUAUAAUACAAAAGGUUACACCGAUAAUUCUGAUGGUAAUCUGUUAGUCAGGGCUGUACAUUCUGUGUGCAAGCAGCAUUUAUGUUUAAAGUAAUGUACUCUUAGAAUAUUGAGUAGAUUAUGUCACAUGACUCAUGUUCUUUUAAGGCACAUGCAAUAACUUUAAUAAUUUUUAAAUAGCUGGAUUAUUGGACUGUAAUUAAAU